AUGGCCCAAAAUUGCAUAUCGUUGUCCGACUCGACGCAAUGUCCGGCCUUCAGCGCGGCGUCAGUCUCGACCAACGACAACCUUACUGGAUUGUUCCCCUUCUUGUCUUCAGUGACAGAUACAUCCUCAUUCGACUCGGAGCUGAGGUCCUACGUUGACAACGAGUUCGCGCAGCUACGGUACCGUCAGUUGAUAGGAUGUUCUGACUUCCAGUCAGACAACACCACCGGCUUCUACGCCAGAUACACAACCAGCGUGCUCUGCAACGCAAUUGUACAGAACUCCAUCAACCCGUGCGGACUGUCUGGAGGCGCGACUCGACCACUGUGCGCCGAAUCAUGCGCCUCAUACGCGGAAAGCGAGCAGGAGAUCACCGCAAGCAACAUCUGUGGCUCCACGGGCGACAAUGCGCUCAGUCAGAUACGGGCCGACUUCACCAAUUGCGCACUCCCGGCGAACUCUCUCAGUGAGAGCUGCAUCGAGGCUGUCGAGAAUCAGCCGGACAAUUGCGGCUACACGUCAAACCUGGGCCAGCUCUGCAGCUAUUGCGCGGGCAGCUCGACCAACAGCACCGACUCGUGCUGCGUCUUCUCCGACACCACCUCGCGAUGUGAGAACGUGGCAUUGCCAGUCAUUGCCUCAUCAUCGCUGAGGCCAGUGACCGUGACUGGAUCGUCGUCCACGACAUCGCCAACCGGCACAGGCGGCGCUGCUGCUGCUUCCUCGGGAUCGCAUCGAGGACUGACGGGAGGGCAGAUUGCUGGUAUCGUGAUAGGCGCGAUUCUGGGCGCUCUACUUUUACUCGCUCUCAUCAUUGGAGGCUGCCUGCUGUUCCGGAAACGCAGCAACAGUAGUCCUGCCACCAGCGUUUUCAACCAGCCCGCAACUUCCCGACAGCCACCAAUGGUCUUCCACGAUGGUGCACGAGACCAGGAGCGUGCCGGACUGGCUGUCAUGCCAGGCGGUAGAGUCGCACGGAUGGCAGCGCUAGAGGAGUCAAGCGGUGACGAGCAGGGUGCUAAGUACACGCCGUACGGCCGCAAGUCAGACGACGAAGAUGAUAGUCCAGGCUCUGCACAUGGCAGAAUUGCACCACCGCAGAAACGGAGUGGUUCGCUUUCGAGCGGCUCGCAGCUCGCAGUCGUGGCAGCUGGUGCCGGUGGUAACGACACCUCACCGAGCACGAAUGGGGACUAUACCUCCCCUGAGUCACACGGCCAGAGCGAGCAGCUUAACUUCUUCAAGGACUACUAUUCACAAGACGAGAUCCACCCUGGCAACCUCGUGUCAACAUUAUGGGCGUACGAACCGCGAGCAACCGAUGAAUUUCACCUCGAGCGCGGCGACAUGAUCAAGGUCCUCGGCAUCUGGGACGACGGCUGGGCGACUGGCGUACGUGUCCGACAGAAAGCUGAAGACUGGCGUGAUGAGGGCAAGAUUCAGCGGGACAGCGGUCUGAGCAACGAUAGCUCACCACGUCUGGAGGACGAGGGCGAGGUGAAGGCUUUCCCGCUCGUCUGUGUUUGUUUGCCACAGCACUGGCGGCAGACGAUCGAGGGCGAGACGACGGAAAGCACCAACCCCAUGGGCUAUCCGGACUGA